AUGGAAUCCAACCCAGAUUCAGCAACCUUGGCCCAGCAAGUUCAAGCCCUUGUAGCCACCAUUGAGGAACUCACCAGACAGAACCAGGAAAUGAAGCUGCGGCUCCAGCAGGUUCAACAAGCUCAACAGGAAGAAAACCGGUCCAAGGGUAACACGGAGGGAGAGGGGGAUAGCCAACAGAGGGAAACCCCCCGGAGACCAAUUACUCCGGACGAACAGAACUCAGAUCUUCUUCGGGAAAUGAGGAAAGAGAUGGACGAACUAAGGAGCGCUAUCAAAGAAAAGACAGACCGGAGCGUAGACAAAAUGAUAAGGGCUACAGAUUCGCCCUUCACUGCAGCGGUACUUGAUUGCCCUGUGCCGUCAAAGUUUCGCCUGCCUCAAUUAGAGCCCUUCGACGGACUCAAGGACCCUCAGGAUCAUCUUAAUACCUUUAAGACGACUCUGGGUCUCCAGCAGCCACCUGACAAGAUAUUGUGUCGUUCCUUCCCUACGACUCUCAAAGGAGCUGCAAGAGAGUGGUUUACUAAGUUGCCAAACUCGUCCAUAGACAACUUCGAUCAGCUGAGUAGUGCUUUCUUGCGCCACUUCAUAGGGGGACAACGCCCAAGGAGACCAGUAGAUUACUUACUCACCAUAAGACAAGGAGAGAAGGAGACUCUGAGGUCAUAUGUCAAGCGAUUCACCCGGGAAACCCUGGAAGUGGACGAAGCUGAUGACAAGGUGCAGCUGACGACCUUCAAAGCAGGGUUGAGAUCCAGAGACCUUGUGGCCUCUCUUGCAAAAAAUCCCCCGAAGACAAUGGCUGAGAUGCUCCUGAAGGCACAAAAUUACAUGAACGCGGAAGAUACUCUAGCUGCCAUAAAAGAUACUGAGAGACUAGGGGACAAGUCCAAAGGGGAAGACGACCACAGAGGGCAAAAGAGAGACAGACCAGAACGUCGGAACAAUGACGGGAAUAGAAGGAGAGACGACAAAAAUCCUCGUCAGGUAAAAUUUACUCCUUUGGUUAUGCUUGUUGACAAGAUUUUCACGCAGAUCAAGGACGAGCAUCAUCUCAAAUGGCCCAGGCCAUUACACUCGUCCCCCAACGUACGUGACAAGAACAAGUAUUGCCGGUUCCAUAGAGACCACGGCCACAACACAGAAGAUUGCAGAGACCUGAAGGAACAAAUAGAGGAAUUAAUACGGAAAGGAAAGUUACAGAAAUAUGUAAAGAAAUGA